AUGACCUGUCUCCCUACGUGGCCCUUCCUCCUCUUUGGAGUUAUCGAGCCGCUCCUUUUGGUAUGGGCCUACAUCGUAGGCAUGCGCGAUCCCCUCGCCUUCUACGCUGACCAGGUACCAGGCUCGCCAGUCGGAGCGGUCGCGGCCAGUGGUGGUAGUGACCUACUACUCCAACCGCAAAGCCUGAGUCUGGUCCUCCAGCUCCAAAACGUCUACCUGCUCCUGGCGGCCAUGGCGAUCCUGGCCUGCGUCACCGGCCGAGACCCGGCGACGGCGCGUCUGUACCUGGUCGCCGUGGCCCUGGCGGACCUCGGCCACAUCUACGCCAGCUACGCCGCCAUGGGCCCCGACGCCUUUUGGGAUUAUCGCGGUUGGAAUCAAAUGGUAUGGGGCAACGUCGGCGUUAGCGCCUUCUUGCAUAUCAACCGACUGCUGACGGUACUGGGGGUGUUUGGACCCGUUGCUGCCGUCAGCCCAGAGGGUGUCAAGCGUGCGAAGAAGGCUUAA